AUGCAGAACUUAGACAUCACCAAGGACUAUGGGACCCCCAAUGCCCUUUACUUCAACUACAUCACCCAGGUCCCACCUGACUCUGUGGACGACUUGAACGAACUCCACAGGCAGAUCCAAGACAUGUAUGCCUACGAACUGGGACAAACCGAGGACGAGAUCCAGAAGCAAAUGGACCAGGGCACCCUGCCCAAGGACGACUCGGUGGACUCCCGCAUCCAGCGGACGGUAUAUCGAGGCAGACUGAUCGAUAAUCUCCGGAAUGAAGAAAAAUGGCUUAACGUCCACGAAGAAAAACCCUCCGAGCCCAAGAAACUGAAGGCGGACAAAAACGACGUGAUUUCCACAAUCCUGCGUGAGCUGUUGAGCCACUAUUCCAAGCACCCGGAGCCAUUCUCCGUUUUGCUGCGUCUCCUCCGGAACACUAUUGCCGUGGUGCCCGGGGAGCAGAAAUACUGGUAUACUCAUGCAGUGUUGCGGUAUGACCGUAACAAGGACGAGGUCAUUCCCGAACUGCACCGCGUCGCCUUCAAAAUCGACCGCCAGGACAUCUCCGGUGACACCGUCGAAAUCACCAUCUCGUACGCAAACAGCAGACUAGAAAUGGACGUAGACAAGUGGUUAAAUGAACGACGCAAUCUCCACCACAUUAUUAAAAGCGGGACUUCCGUGCGGGAGAAAAUGGCAUUGAAUUUCUCUCUUCGAGGCGAGGAGAUUUAA